AUGACGACAUCAAAGCAGCGCCUCGCGCUCGCCAUCUGCGACUUCCUCAACACCUCCCUGACCGACGGCACCCUCCAGGCCGACGACAAGGACAACGUCGACAUCGCCGUCAACUGCAUCGGCGAGGCCUUCGGCGUCGACCCCUCGGACAAGGCCGCUGUGACCGAGGCCAUCGGCUCCCAGAACCUGCUCCAGAUCUACUCCGUCUACGAGAAGCUCAAGGCCAACAAGCCCGCCGCUGCCGCCGCCUCUUCCUCUUCAUCUUCCACCUCCGCCCCUGCGGCCAGCACCUCUAGCAAUGGCCCCACAGAAGAAGACAAGAAGCAAGCCGAAUCCCUCAAAUCAAAGGGCAACGCCGCCAUGGCCCAGAAGGACUAUCCCACCGCCAUCGACUUCUACACCAAAGCGCUCGCCUUGAACCCCGGCAACGCCGUCUACCUGUCCAACCGCGCGGCCGCCCACUCCGCGGCGCGCGACCACGAGUCCGCUCGCGCCGACGCCGAGGCCGCUGUUGCUAUCGACCCCAAGUACACCAAGGCGUGGAGCCGUCUCGGUCUGGCGCGCUUCGCGCUCGGCGACGCCAAGGGCGCCAUGGAGGCUUACCAGAGGGGUAUUGAGCACGAGGGUAACGGCGGCAGCGAGGCGAUGAAGAAGGGCUUCGAGACUGCCAAGAGGCGAGUGGAGGAGUUGGAGGCUCAGGAUGAUGCGCCUGCUGCGUCUCGUGGCGCUGGUGGUGCCGGUGGUGGUAUGCCUGACUUGAGCAGCUUGGCUGGUAUGUUCGGUGGUGGUGCUGGCCGCGGUGGGGGCGCUGGUGCUGGCGGUGGCGGUGGUGGCAUGCCCGAUCUUAGCUCCAUUAUGGGCAACCCCAUGUUUGCUCAGAUGGCCCAGAACCUGAUGAGCAACCCUGAUAUGAUGGCCAACCUUAUGAGCAACCCCCGUCUCAGGGAUAUGGCGAACCAGUUCCAGGGCGGCGGCGGUCUCCCUGAUAUCUCUUCACUCAUGAACGAUCCCAACGUUGCCGACUUGGCGCGCUCGUUCAUGGGUGGUGGUGGUGCUGGCGCUGGCGGUGCCGGUGGUGCUGGUGGCGCUGGUGGCGCUGGUGGAAGGUAA